AUGACUUUCACGCCCGAGGCCACCGAGACGCAGAGUCUGCUGGAGGGCCAACGAACAGACCACAGGAAAACCCCCCGCUCGUGGUCGACUCCCAAAAAGGCGGCGAUUCUGGGAGUGGUGUCUUUUGCCGUCUUCAACGAUGCUGUUGGAACCGGCGUCGUCACCCCGGGCGCAACUCAGAUCGUCCGUGAAUUCCAGACCACCAAUCCCGCCGCCACUCCUUUCCUCAUCUCUGUCCAUGUCAUUGGGAUGGCCAUCGGGCCGCUGGUCGUGUCCCCGGCCAGCGAGCUUUGGGGCCGCGCUCCGCUCAUGCACAUCUCGAACCUGCUGUUCAUGGCCUCCCUGGCCAUGAGUGCGCUGAGUGCGAAUAUGACAACAUUACUGGUCGCCCGAGUGAUAACCGGAAUGGCGGGCUGCAUUCCGAUUGUCCUGGAAGGCGGAUUCAUCGCCGAUCUGGUGGCCGCAGAGAAACGGGGGAAGAUCAUAGCGAUAUGGGCUUUGGCACCGGUGUCGGGGAGUGCAAUCGGUCCGAUUGUCGCCGGCGAACUGACGCUUCGAUUUGGAUGGAGGACUGCAUUCUGGGCUAUGUUUGUCGUGGCCUCCGUCCAGACAAUCAUGGCCAUGUUCGUCCUCCAAGAGACCUCCGAUCCCUCAGUCCUUCGAAAGCAUGCCAAAUCAGAAGGCUCCCAAUCUGCUCGCUGGGACGCAUUCAAGACAGCCUUUGCCCGCCCCGUUAAGCUCGCGACGUUGUCCCCCGUGGUCAUCCUCUCUGCCUUGAUGAUGAGCAUGGCAUACGUCGUCUUCUACAUCCUCAUGUCCGACCUGCCUGUUCUAUUCGGCGACAAGUACGGGUUCGACUCUGCACAGAUUGGAUAUUCCUACAUCAGUCCCACCCUUGGAGCCGUCUUUGGAUUCACCCUUCUCGGCGGACUGGCCGAUCGCGUCUUCCAGAAACGCACUCUCAAAAGGGGCAUGAGCAAACCCCAGGACCGCCUCGCCAUGAUAUCAUUCGAAGUCCUCCUCGUCGCCUCUGGAGUCCUGGCCUACGGAUGGUCCGCACAGGCCCAUAUGCACUGGGUCGUACCUCUCCUAGGCGCCAACCUGACCAUGAUCGGAGCGUCCGGGGUCGUCGUAUCCCUGCAGCAAUACCUGACGGAUUACUUUGGGCCGCACGUCCCCGGCGCAAUUGCAGUCUGCACUGUUCUGCGAAGUGUACUUGGCACUGUGCUGCCAUCCACCAUCCCGGCUUUGUACGGCACUCUUGGCUAUGGGUGGGGGAGCACUGUUCUUGCGGGUGCAGUGCUGCUAUUCUGCCCUAUCGUGUCUCUACUUAAUCGCUACGAGGGUUAUUAUGAAGAUGCCUAA